AUGAGGUCUUAUAUGAAGGACGGCCUGAGAAUAGGAUUCACCAAGGAGACUUCUACAGAUCAUAUCGAGGCUCUACCUCUGGAGAUAGCUAGGAAGUUUGAACUACUAUCGGGAAUCUGCGACAACAGGUCCAUACAAGAGUUUCCUGCUGCGAUAAUUAAAGAGAUAGUCGAAAUGUGCAAUGAUUUAAGAGACCUCGCUCCUCACUAUAACAUGCCUGAGGAAUAUGUUGAGUAUGUUAGAGAGAACAAGGAUGUCCUGGGAUACUUUGAGGAAUCCGAGAACAAUCUUAAAGGAGAGGAAAUGAGGAUAAUCAACAAGAGAAGGAUAUUCGAUGUCUUUAGGAGUAUGAUGGAGAAAAUGGAGGAGAUGUAG